AUGACGUCGCGCAUCAGCAGCAUGAUGGGUAUCAAGAGCUCUACCAACGCCGACAAGAACGGCGACGUCAAAGCCACAAAUGGCGCGACUGCCAACGGCCGCCCCCCACCAGUGCGCCAGGGCUCCGUCAACAAAAAGGAUGGCCCCACGGCGCCCUACAAGCGCUUCUGGCUCAACGAAGACGGCUCCCACGAACACCACCUCAAGGUUGCCAAGCGUCAGGAGAAACUCUCAGACAUGUUCCAAAACUUGAUGCUGGGCAAGAAGAAGGGUGAAGCUCCAGAGGACCAGCCGCUGAGUCUCAUGUCCAACUGGGUCGAUGUUAUGCGCAACGAAAAGGAGAAGCUUGCAGAGCAGAAGAAUGCCGUCAACGCCCUCCCCCAGACGUUGGUCCAAAAGUAUGGCAAGUGCCAAGAGGUUGUUGGUCGCGGAGCCUUUGGUAUUGUUCGUGUCGCACACAAGCAGGACCCCAAGGAUUCAAAACGAGAGCAACUAUAUGCCGUCAAGGAGUUCAAGCAAAGACCUGGCGAGUCUGCCAAGCGAUAUCAAAAGCGCCUGACAUCUGAAUUUUGUAUAUCCUCCUCCAUGCAACAUCCCAACGUCAUUACCACGCUCGAUCUGCUCCAGGACGAAAAGGGCACAUAUUGUGAAGUUAUGGAGUAUUGCUCUGGUGGUGAUUUGUACACCCUCGUCCUCGCUGCCGGCCAGCUCGAAGUUGCCGAGGCAGACUGCUUCUUCAAGCAGCUGAUGCGUGGUGUAGAGUACAUGCACGAGAUGGGUGUUGCACAUCGUGAUUUAAAACCCGAAAACCUGCUCUUGACAACCCACGGCUCCAUAAAAAUCACCGAUUUUGGUAACGGCGAAUGCUUCCGUAUGGCCUGGGAGAAGGAAGCGCACAUGACUGCUGGCCUGUGCGGUUCAGCUCCUUACAUUGCGCCUGAAGAAUACGUUGAUAAGGAAUUUGACCCCCGCGCUGUCGACGUGUGGGCUUGCGGCAUCAUCUACAUGGCCAUGAGGACGGGCCGCCAUCUGUGGCGUGUUGCUCAAAAGGGCGAAGACGAGUUCUUUGACCGUUACCUCGAGGAUCGAAAACAGGAGGAGGGAUACCGACCUAUUGAGGUUUUGCGAAGACGACAAUGUCGUAACGUCAUUUACUCAAUUCUCGAUCCUAUACCCGCCCGUCGUUUGACGGCGCACCAAGUCCUUGCUUCGGAGUGGGUUUCCGAGGCCAAAGUCUGCCGCGCAGGCAACGAAGGCUUCUAA